AUGUUACAUGCUGGUAUAGAGGCACUUUUUGGACGAAAUCGUGAUCAUCAUCGUAAACGACAUUUGUUUCGUCUUCGUCGACAUCAUCAUAGUCACAAAGAUGAAGCUGAUGAAUUGGCAAAUCUCUUUUCCACAAUGCAAGGCUGGCGAGCCUCCAUGGAAGAUAGGCAUAAACAUUUGCUUAAUUUCGAUAAUCGAUCGUGGAAACUAUGGUCGUAUUUCGCUAUCUUCGACGGACACAAUGGUGUCGAUACAGCAAAAAAGGCGGCUGAUCAUCUCGAUAUUCAUUUAUUAGAAGCAAUGAAUGAAAUGCUUUCCCAUCAGGAUGAUUCGACGGUGACAAAUGGUGAACCAGUUCGUUCAUCUCAGCUUGAUCUAAGCAAACUACGUGCAGCGAUUAAACAAACAUAUUUCGAACUCGAUAAAAACUUAAAAAACAUGAUCAAAGAUGACAGUGGAUGUGUUUGCAUCACUUGUUUAAUUGGACCAGAACAAAUCUAUCUGAUCAAUAUUGGUGACUCACGUGCGAUUAUUUUUUCGAAUGAAGGACAUAUUUUAGCGCAUACCGAAGAUCAUAAGCCUGAUGAUCCAGCUGAACAAGAACGUAUUCAUGAGGCCGGAGGGAAGAUAUCAAAGCCUUGUCCGGGGGAUGUUUUACGAGUAGAAAAUCAAUUAGCAAUGACUCGAGUGUUAGGAGAUUUUACAAUGGAUAAACAUAUUGUUCCACCAAUGGCAGAUAUUGUCGAAUAUCCAAGAAAUUCCUCCGCAGCUUUUGUUGUACUUGCGUGUGAUGGUAUUUGGGAUGUGAUGACAAAUACGGAUGUUGCAUCAUUUGUUAUUGAACGUGUUACGACAAAUAAACUUGAAGAUAUCGCUGCUCAAUUAUUAGAUGAAUGUCUGCGCCGUCAGAGUACAGAUAAUAUGAGUGUUUAUAUUGUAAAGCUUUAA